GCACCGGGAUAAACUCCCCCAUGGUUGUCUUCUCCUCUCCCGCAAAUCUCCCCCCCCCCCCCUCUCUCUCUCGUUAGGGUUAGGUCUCGCAGCGCGGCGCGGCGGCAACCGCGACGCAAUCCACGAAUCCAGCGAGCAGAUCUCUGCGGGAUCCAGUCAGUCGUCGAUCUACGGGUAGCCCUGCGGCGAGCCUAUGGCGACGGCGGUGCUCAGAUCCCACGACGCGCUCAACAACAGGAUGCAUCUCGACGCCUUCGCCGCGUCGUCGCCCCAGGCCGCCAAGCAGCGCCGCCGGCAACGCCACCCCAAGCCGGCCUCGCCGCCGCCCAAGAUGGCCGCUUCGUCACCGCCAAAGCCGGCUCUUUUGGCGUCGCCUGCGCCGAAGCAGGCGCCAGCGGCCGGUCGUAGGUCCCCUCCGGCGAAGCCUGCGCGCAAGCAGCCGUCCCCGACCAAGGAGAAGCCCAGGCAGCAGCAGCCCAUCGUGAUGGAGGCUGUCCGGAUCCUCAAGCGCGGCGAGGAGCCGCCGGCCCCGUCCCCGGCCGCUGUUCCUUCACCCGCGCCGGCGCCCCUCCAGGGCCGGGCGCAAGCCCCGCCGGCCGACAGGAGGGUGCGGUCACCCUCCCCAGCCUCGCCGCCCGUCGUCAAGGCCCGGCCUCAAGCCCCGCCAGCGGACAGGCGCGUGCGGUCUCCUCCCCCAGCCUCAGCACCAGUCGCGGCCCGGGCGCAAGCCCCGCCGGCCGACAAGAAGGUCCUCAGGACCACCGGCCGGAUCGGCCCGCAGCAACCCGCUGUCGUGCCGACCAAGAAGAUGGUCGCCGUCGCUUCCAGCUACGCCGGCCCGGCGUUCUCCGCCGCGGCGCCAGAGCCGAGCUCCCUGCCCCUCCCGGGCUUCUUCUUCCGGCGCGCGGAGGAGGAGGCCACCCGCGGCCUCCGGUGCCUGCUCCGCAUCGGCGAGCUCUCAUGAUACCGUCUCCCCCUACAGCAGCGUGUGCGCCUCCGCCUCCUUUGCGGCCGCGCCGUUCUGCUUCCUCAUCUCCCAAGUCUCCUCUCUUCUCCAUGGAAGAAACAACAAGGAGAACGAGAAGAGGUGGUGGUAAUAACUCUCCCUGACUGAUGGAUGGAAGGAUUUUAUCUGUGGAUGGUAGGUGUGUGGAUGGAUCCGGCGGCAAGCUUUGUCCGGAUCAGAUCCCGGCUCCGUUCCGAUCAAACCCUUCCGGUAUUUUUUCAGAGGAAGGGUUGGGGGAGCGGAGAUCCGGCGGUAGGGUUUGGUGGUGGUUGCUUUAGGUUCACACGUUGCUUCUGCACAGCUGUUUGGUUCGCCUUGAUGUCAUUAGGUAGGUUGUUAAUUCUUCGGUUAAGGGUUGGUCGCUUGCUGGUGUAGGGAUGAUGAUCUGGUAGGUAAGGAGUGGGUCUCAGGUUUGGUUACAGUGGUAAUAAUCGAAGUUCAUGCGUGUGUGUGUGUGUGUGGGUGAGUUCAAGAUUAAGGUUAAGGUAUGAGUUAUUAAGGUUAAGGGUACGAGUUAUAUAUACUGAGAAGUAUGGUGUAGUUGCAUCUGCUGAGCUAUGUGUAGUUGGUGUAGCAACUGAGAAGUGUGUCUAGUUGCAUCAGCUAGGCUAUAUGUGUAGUUUGAUUUAGCAACUGAGUUAUCUUAGGUACAAGAAGAGUUGUUCAUGGUCCUUUGUAAGAUAUAUCAAGUAGAAUUCUGUGUCUGUAUCGGUCGAUCUUAUGAGUUAUAAAUUCGUGAAAUAAAUAUGUCAGUGGUAGAUUAUAUAA